AUUUUCCCCCAACCUUAUGACUCGAGACUUUUUUAGGUCUCUGUACACAUCUCUCCAACCAAAACCGAACAUGACGACAAAGCACGAAGACUUCUACGCGCCCCUGCCCCCAAACCCCCCCACCCACCAAAACUACGUCGUCUUACCCCUCUACCCCUUUCAGACCCGCAACAACCGCUCCCUCCGCCGCUGCCUCGCCCUCUCCGCCGCCGCCCUCCUCCUCCUCUCCGCCGCCGCCCUCCUCCUCUACCCCUCCGACCCGACCCUCACCCUCUCCCGCCUCCGCCUCAACAAAAUCCAAGUCCUCACCUCCCCUCGGCUCUCUCUCUCCGUCUCUCUCUCUCUGACCCUACGAGUCUUCAACCGCGACUUCUUCUCUUUCCGAUACUCGUCCCUCGUCGUGUCCGUCGGGUACCGCGGGCGAGAGCUGGGGUUCGUGACGUCGGAUGGCGGGGAGAUUAGGGCUAGGGGAUCCUCGUAUGUUAAUGCUACGCUUGUGCUUGACGGAUUGGAAGUGGUUCAUGAUGUGGUUUAUUUGGUUGAGGAUUUGGCCAGGGGCUUGAUUCCUUUUGAUACGGAUUCGGUGGUCAAGGGAACGGUUGGGAUCUUCUUCGUUGAUGUUCCAAUCAAGGCAAGAGUAUCUUGUGAAGUAUAUGUAAGUACAAAAAACCAGACAGUUACCCAUCAAGAUUGCUACCCAGAGUAGCUGUUGUAGAUAUGGGAGGAGCCUGAAAAGCACUGCAGAUAUCCAGACAAAGCAAAAGCAUGGGUUAUAGUGGGCGAACUUGACUGUGCACUAUCUGGGGCCUACUUGCUCAUUGGUCGAUGAUGUGUAUCGGCCACAAGUACGAUGGCGUGAUUUAUCAAGAUAUUUCAAAAAGGAAUGCACCGAUGUAUCUGUAUGAUCUAGAUAUUGUUGAACACGAUAUUUCAAUAAAGUUACUGUUCAUUUUGAAAA